AGGCGUAAAAAUCUUCUGUCUGUUUAGAUUCGGUAUUUAUCUGCAUGCGUUUCCGUCUUGUAGGAAGGACUUGUUCAGGAUUAAUUGAGCAGAGGCCUGAGUAAAUUAAUUGAAUGCGGAACAAUGGCGUCCAAAUCCAUAUUAAGCUUCACUGUAAUUGCAUACAGUUUUAUCGUGUGUGCUGCGGAUCAAAUUCUAGGACAAUUUCGUUAUUCUAUUCCCGAGGAAAUGGUGGAAGGGACAAUUGUUGGGAAUAUUGCUCAAGAUUUGGGAUUGAAUGUACCGCUUUUAUCAGCUCGUAAAUUUCUUCUCAGCGCUAAUGACGGAGAACGGUACAUGAAGGUUAGUUUGGAUAAUGGGCUUUUAUCUAUUUGUGAAAGAAUCGACAGGGAACGCAUUUGUAUGCGAGCAGAUAUGUGUAUUAUACCUUUGGAAAUAAUACUGGAAAAUCCAUUAGAGGUGUAUCGAGGCGAAGUGGAGAUUCUUGACGUAAAUGACAAUUCUCCUACAUUUCCGGACACACAUAUUGCCUUACAAAUGUCUGAAGCCACGACACCGGGGAUACGUUUUCGACUCAAGAGCGCGGAAGAUGCUGAUACUGGAAUGAAUACGGUCGCGAAUUACACAAUCAGUUCGAGUGAUUACUUCAGUCUGAAAACACGGAGAGCCGCGGAGGGUAUUAUAAUUGCCGAGUUACUGUUACAGAAACCUUUGGAUCGAGAGCUACAAUCAUCCUUUCAACUGGUGCUUACUGCUCAGGAUGGUGGGAAUCCCCCGAGAACCGGAACAGCUCAGAUUCUCAUUACUGUACUCGACUUCAAUGAUAAUCCUCCUGUAUUCGAGCAUGAUGUUUACAGGGGCACUAUUAAUGAAGACGCACGACAAGAUACCAUUGUGUUAAAAGUUAAAGCAAACGAUUUGGACGAAGGGCUGAAUGCAGAGCUAACAUAUUCUUUCAGCGAUGAUAUUGUUUCGCGAAAAGUACGUGAUUUGUUUUCCCUGGACCCCAAAACUGGCGAGAUUCGAGUCAAAGGGCCGCUAGAUUUUGAAAAAUCAAACAGCUAUUCACUCGAUAUUCAAGCUGUUGAUCACGGGUCACCUGCGAUUACGGGAUACUCGAAAGUGCUGAUCAAGGUAACUGAUGUAAAUGACAACGCACCCGAGAUAAAAGUGAGGUCAGCCACAAACCAAAUCCCGGAAAAUGCUACCCCCGGAAAUUUAAUCACCUUGAUUGAUGUUAUCGAUCGUGAUUCUGGAGAGAACGGUCAAGUGCGCUGCGAAAUACCACAGGACGUCCCUUUUAUGCUACAGAGAUCGUCCAAUCAUUAUAAAUUAAUUACAAGUGGAACGUUGGACCGUGAAACAGUGUCUGAUUAUAAAAUACUUAUUGCAGCCUGGGAUUUGGGGUCACCUUCACUGUCAACAAAUAUAACCAUCCAUAUCGUAGUUACAGAUAUAAAUGAUAAUGCUCCACGCUUUACUGAACUGCCCUACAACUUUUAUGUGACUGAAAAUAACUCUCCUGGAGCCUCUAUCUUCGCAGUAACGGCUUCAGAUCCUGAUCUGGAGCAGAACUCCUAUGUUUAUUAUUCCAUUCUGCACAGUUACAUUCAAAACUUGCCAGUGUCCACGUACCUGAGCGUUAACUCUAUGAACGGCACCAUUUACGCUCUGCGCUCUUUUGACUAUGAGGAACUCAAAAGUUUUCAGAUCCAUGUUCAGGCCCGUGAUGCUGGAGUGCCGCCGCUGAGCAGCAGCGCUACUGUGAAUGUCAUCAUCCUGGAUCAAAAUGACAACGCACCAGUGAUUGUUUCACCUUCAGAGCAUGGUGAGUCAUCAGCUGUGGAAACUCUGCCCCGGUCAGCGGGUCAGGGGUACUUGGUCACCAAGAUAAUGGCCACUGAUGCAGAUUCUGGUCAGAACGGACGGUUAUUUUACCAAAUGGUGAAAGCUACUGAUCCCAGUUUGUUUAUUAUCGGUCAAACGUCUGGUGAAAUCAGAACAGCGCGCAAAAUCUUGGAGGAGGAUUUCAACACACAAACUUUGGUAAUCUUGGUGAAAGACAAUGGGCAGCCAAGCCUAUCUAGCACAGUUACCCUUCACAUCACAAUUUUGCUGAACAGCACCGAAACUCCCACUAAAAGCAGUAAUUUAGUGAGAAAUUCAGAAUAUUUAUCCGAUCUAAAUCUUUAUUUAUUGGUUAUUUUCAGUUGCACUUCCAUUGUCUUUCUUCUGAUUAUCAUCGUGCUCAUCGGAAUCAAGUGUAAACAGGACAGAAGUAACUCCCAAGUGUAUACUUCCCCCAGUUAUUGUUACAAACGUGGAGAUAUGCAGGACACGUUUAAUCGAAGAUCUGCGAUGGAGGAAACAUUACGCUAUCCUGGUACGGACCAGGUAGUCCGCAUGCCAGGACUGCCUCAGUACUCGGUCUGCCUGUCUCCAGAAUCAGCGAAAAGCGACUUCCUUUUCUUGAAGCCGUGCGGCCCCGCCAUCUCCCAGCUGGAACGGCUUGCUGUACUAGGGCAAUCCUCAGUCCAUUGUAUUGUAUCAGAUGCAUCCUACGUUACUGCGGCUCGUAGGACAGCAUCACAGAUGCGAGGCCUGAGUAAAUUAAUUGAAUGCGGAACAAUGGCGUCCAAAUCCAUAUUAAGCUUCACUGUAAUUGCACACAGUUUUAUCGUGUGUGCUGCGGAUCAAAUUCUAGGACAAUUUCGUUAUUCUAUUCCCGAGGAAAUGGUGGAAGGGACAAUUGUUGGGAAUAUUGCUCAAGAUUUGGGAUUGAAUGUACCGCUUUUGUCAGCUCGUAAAUUUCGUCUCAGCUCUAAUGACGGAGAACGAUACAUGAAGGUUAGUUUGGAUAAUGGGCUUUUAUCGAUUUGUAAAAUAAUCGACAGGGAACGUAUUUGUGGGCAAGCAGAUAUGUGUACUAUACCUUUGGAAAUAAUACUGAAAAAUCCAUUAGAGGUGUACCGCGGCGAAGUGGAGAUUCUUGACGUAAAUGACAAUUCUCCUACAUUUCGCGACACACAUAUUGCCUUACAAGUGUCUGAAGCAAUUACACCGGGCGUACGUUUUCGACUCAACAGCGCGGAAGAUGCUGAUACUGGAAUGAAUACGGUCGCGAAUUACACAAUCAGUUCGAGUGACUACUUCAGUCUGAAAACACGGAGAACCGAGGAGGGUAUUAUAAUUGCUGAGUUACUGUUAGAGAAACCUUUGGAUCGAGAGCUACAAUCAUCCUUUCAACUGGUGCUUACUGCUGAGGAUGGUGGCAAUCCCCCGAGAACCGGAACAGCUCAGAUUCUCAUUACUGUACUGGACUUCAAUGAUAAUCCUCCUGUAUUCGAGCGUGAUGUUUACAGGUGCACUAUUCGUGAAGACGCACCACAAGGUACCAUUGUGUUAAAAGUUAAAGCAAACGAUUUGGACGAAGGGCUGAAUGCAGAGCUAACAUAUGCAUUCAGUGAUGCUAUUACUUCGCGAAGAAUGCGUGAUUUGUUUUCCCUGGACCCUAAAACUGGCGAGAUUCGAGUCAAAGGGCCGCUAGAUUUUGAAAAAUCAACCAGCUAUUCACUGGAUAUUCAAGCUGUUGAUCACGGGUCACCUGCGAUUACGGGACACUCGAAAGUGCUGAUCAAGGUAACUGAUGUAAAUGACAACGCACCCGAGAUAAAAGUGACGUCAGCCACAAACCAAAUCCCGGAAAAUGCUACCCCCGGAGACUUAAUCACCUUGAUUGAUGUUAUCGAUCGUGAUUCUGGAGAGAACGGUCAAGUGCGCUGCGAAAUACCACAGGACGUCCCUUUUAUGCUACAAAGAUCGUCCAAUCAUUAUAAAUUAAUUACAAGUGGAACGUUGGACCGUGAAACGGUGUCUGAUUAUAAAAUACUUAUUUCAGCCUGGGAUUUGGGAUCACCUUCACUGUCAACAAAUAUAACCAUCCAUAUCGUAGUUACAGAUAUAAAUGACAAUGCCCCACGCUUUACUGAACUGCCCUACAACUUUUAUGUGACUGAAAAUAACUCUCCGGGCGCUUCUAUCUUCGCAGUAACAGCUUCAGAUCCUGAUCUGAGACAGAAUUCCUAUGUUUCUUAUUCCAUUCUAGACAGUUACAUUCAAAACUUGCCAGUGUCGACGUACCUGAGCGUUAACUCUAUGAACGGCACCAUUUACGCUCUGCGAUCUUUUGACUAUGAGGAACUGAAAAGUUUUCAGAUCCAUGUUCAGGCCCGUGAUGCUGGAGUGCCGCCGCUGAGCAGCAGCGCUACUGUGAAUGUCAUCAUCCUGGAUCAAAAUGACAACGCACCAGUGAUUGUUUCACCUUCAGAGCAUGGUGAGUCAUCAGCUGUGGAAACUCUGCCCCGGUCAGCGGGUCAGGGGUACUUGGUCACCAAGAUAAUGGCCACUGAUGCAGAUUCUGGUCAGAACGGACGGUUAUUUUACCAAAUGGUGAAAGCUACUGAUCCCAGUUUGUUUAUUAUCGGUCAAACGUCUGGUGAAAUCAGAACAGCGCGCAAAAUCUUGGAGGAGGAUCUCAACACACAAACUUUGGUAAUCUUGGUGAAAGACAACGGGCAGCCAAGCCUAUCUAGCACAGUUACCCUUCACAUCACUAUUUUGCAGAACAGCACCGAAACUCUCACCAAAAGCAGUAAUUUAGUGAGAAAUUCGGACUAUUUAUCCGAUCUAAAUCUUUAUUUAUUGGUUAUUUUCAGUUGCACAUCCAUUGUCUUUCUUCUGAUUAUCAUCGUGCUCAUCGGAAUCAAGUGUAAACAGGACAGAAAUAACUCCCAAGUGUAUACUUCCCCCAGUUAUUGUUACAAACGUGGGGAUAUGCAGGACACAUUUAAUCGAAGAUCUGCAAUGGAGGAAACAUUACGCUAUCCUGGUACGGACCAGGUAGUCCGCAUGCCAGGACUGCCUCAGUACUCGGUCUGCCUGUCUCCAGAAUCAGCGAAAAGCGACUUCCUUUUCUUGAAGCCGUGCGGCCCUGCCAUUUCUCAGGCCCAAUGCUUGGGCAGAGCCCUGAGUAAAUUAAUUGAAUGCGGAACAAUGGCGUCCAAAUCCAUAUUAAGCUUCACUGUAAUUGCACACAGUUUUAUCGUGUGUGCUGCGGAUCAAAUUCCAGGACAAUUUCGUUAUUCUAUUCCCGAGGAAAUGGUCGAAGGGACAAUUGUUGGGAAUAUUGCUCAAGAUUUGGGAUUGAAUGUACCGCUUUUGUCAGCUCGUAAAUUUCUUCUCAGCUCUAAUGACGGAGAACGGUACAUGAAGGUUAGUUUGGACAAUGGGCUUUUAUCUGUUUGCGAAAGAAUCGACAGGGAACAUAUUUGUGGGCAAGCAGAUAUGUGUACUAUACCUUUGGAAAUAAUACUGGAAAAUCCAUUAGAGAUAUAUCGCGGCGAAGUGGAGAUUCUUGACGUAAAUGACAAUUCUCCUACAUUUCGGGACACACAUAUUGCCUUACAAAUGUCUGAAGCCAUGACACCAGGGAUACGUUUUCGACUCAAGAGCGCGGAAGAUGCUGAUACUGGAAUGAAUACUGUCGCGAAUUACACAAUCAGUUCGAGUGACUACUUCAGUCUGAAAACACGGAGAGCCGAGGAGGGUUUUAUAAUCGCUGAGUUGCUGUUAGAGAAACCUUUGGAUCGAGAGCUACAAUCAUCCUUUCAACUGGUGCUUACUGCUGAGGAUGGUGGGAAUCCCCCGAGAACCGGAACAGCUCAGAUUCUCAUUACUGUAUUUGACAUUAAUGAUAAUCCUCCUGUAUUCGAGCAUGAUGUUUACAGGGGCACUAUUCGUGAAGACGCACCACAAGAUACCAUUGUGUUAAAAGUUAAAGCAAAUGAUUUGGACGAAGGGUUGAAUGCAGAGCUAACAUAUUCUUUCAGCGAUGUUAUUACUUCGCGAAAAGUACGUGAUUUGUUUUCCUUGGACCCCAAAACUGGCGAGAUUCGAGUCAAAGGGCCGCUAGAUUUUGAAAAAUCAAACAGCUAUUCACUCGAUAUUCAGGCUGUUGAUCACGGGUCACCUGCGAUUACGGGACACUCGAAAGUGCUGAUCAAGGUAACUGAUGUAAAUGACAACGCACCCGAGAUAAAAGUGAGGUCAGCCACAAACCAAAUCCCGGAAAAUGCUACCCCCGGAAAUUUAAUCACCUUGAUUGAUGUUAUCGAUCGUGAUUCUGGAGAGAACGGUCAAGUGCGCUGCGAAAUACCACAGGACGUCCCUUUUAUGCUACAGAGAUCGUCCAAUCAUUAUAAAUUAAUUACAAGUGGAACGUUGGACCGUGAAACACUGUCUGAUUAUAAAAUACUUAUUGCAGCCUGGGAUUUGGGGUCACCUUCACUGUCAACAAAUAUAACCAUCCAUAUCGUAGUUACAGAUAUAAAUGAUAAUGCCCCACGCUUUACUGAACUGCCCUACAACUUUUAUGUGACUGAAAAUAACUCUCCUGGAGCCUCUAUCUUCGCAGUGACGGCGUCAGAUCCUGAUCUGGAGCAGAAAUCCUAUGUUUAUUAUUCCAUUCUGCACAGUUACAUUCAAAACUUGCCAGUGUCCACGUACUUGAGCGUUAACUCUAUGAACGGCACCAUUUACGCUCUGCGCUCUUUUGACUAUGAGGAACUCAGAAGUUUUCAGAUCCAUGUUCAGGCCCGUGACGCUGGAGUGCCGCCGCUGAGCAGCAGCGCUACUGUGAAUGUCAUCAUCCUGGAUCAAAAUGACAACGCGCCAGUGAUUGUUUCACCUUCAGAGCAUGGUGAGUCAUCAGCUGUGGAAACUCUGCCCCGGUCAGCGGGUCAGGGGUACUUGGUCACCAAGAUAAUGGCCACUGAUGCAGAUUCUGGUCAGAACGGACGGUUAUUUUACCAAAUGGUGAAAGCUACUGAUCCCAGUUUGUUUAUUAUAGGUCAAACGUCUGGUGAAAUCAGAACAGCACGCAAAAUCUUGGAGGAGGAUCUCAACACACAAACUUUGGUAAUCUUGGUGAAAGACAAUGGGCAGCCAAGCCUAUCUAGCACAGUUACCCUUCGCAUCACUAUUUCGCAGAACAGCACCGAAACUCCCACUAAAAGCAGUAAUUUAGUGAGAAAUUCAGAAUAUUUAUCCGAUCUAAAUCUUUAUUUAUUGGUUAUUUUCAGUUGCACAUCCAUUGUCUUUCUUCUGAUUAUCAUCGUGCUCAUCGGAAUCAAGUGUAAACAGGACAGAAAUAACUCCCAAGAGUAUACUUCCCCCAGUUAUUGUUACAAACGUGGAGAUAUGCAGGACACGUUUAAUCGAAGAUCUGCGAUGGAGGAAACAUUACGCUAUCCUGGUACGGACCAGGUAGUCCGCAUGCCAGGACUGCCUCAGUACUCGGUCUGCCUGUCUCCAGAAUCAGCGAAAAGCGACUUCCUUUUCUUGAAGCCGUGCGGCCCUGCCAUUUCUCAGAUCGUGGAGGUGAUGUUGUUGCUAAUUCGAACUCCCUGGGGUCUGCAAGUGAGCAAGUCGAUGAACAAGAAGGCCUGGUUUUGCAAAUUAACUGCAUACGGAACAAUGGCGGGUGUAUGGAGGUUAAACCUCACUCUAAUUGCUUCUAUUUUUAUCGUCUGUGCCCUGGAGAAAAUUUCUGGACAAAUUAGUUACCCUAUUCCCGAGGAAAUGGAAGAAGGGUCGUUUGUAGGGAACAUCGCUCAAGAUUUGGGAGUGAAUGCACGGCAAUUAGCAACCCGUAAAUGCCGACUGAGCUCUGAUGACGGAGGGCGGUAUAUGAAGGUCAGUUUGGAUAAUGGGGUUUUGUCGAUUCGUGAAAGAAUCGACCGGGAACGUCUUUGUGGGCAAACAGAUAGGUGUACGAUGCCCUUUGAAAUAAUACUGGAAAAUCCGUUGGAGGUGCUUCACGGAGAACUGGUGAUUCUUGAUGUGAAUGACAAUUCACCCACUUUCCGGGAGAAUAGUAUUCGGUUGCAGAUAUCCGAAGCCAUUCCUUCUGGGGUACGCUUCCGUCUCGAGAGAGCGGCAGACCCCGAUAUCGGAAUAAAUACUGUCGUGGACUACGCAAUCAGUUCCAGUGAGUACUUUAGUCUAAAAUCACGGAGAACCGAGGCGGGUAUUGUAAUUGCCGAAUUGCUGUUAGAGAAAUCUUUGGACCGGGAACUGCAGUCAUCUUUUCAGCUUGUGCUUACGGCGAUGGACGGUGGGACACCUCAGAGAUCCGGAACAGCUCAGAUUUUCAUUAAUGUGAUGGAUAUCAAUGAUAAUCCACCUGUAUUUGAAAAUGAUGUUUACCGGAUUAGCAUAAGGGAAAAUACACCCCGAGGGACACUAGUGCUGAAAGUUAAAGCAAAUGAUUUGGAUGAGGGGCUGAACGCAGAGCUGACAUAUUCCUUCAGUGGACUUGCUUCACAAAUAAUUCAUGGUGUGUUCAGUUUGAUCCCAGAAACUGGAGAGGUUAUAAUUGAAGGGCCUCUAGAUUUUGAAGAAACAAACAGCUAUUCACUUGAUAUCGAAGCUGUUGAUCACGGGUCUCCUGCCAUUACAGGGCACUCCAAUGUGCAGAUUAAAGUUAUUGACGUGAAUGACAACGCACCCGAAAUAAAAGUGACGUCACUGACUAACCAAAUUCCGGAAAAUGCCCCGCCCGGAACUUUCAUAACAGUGAUCAAUGUUAUCGAUCAUGAUUCUGCAGAAAACGGUCAAGUGCGCUGCGAGAUACAAAAGAACAUACCUUUUAUGCUGCAAGCAUCAUCAAAUCAUUAUAAGAUGGUUACACAGGAACGAUUGGACCGUGAAACGGUGUUUCAGUAUAAAAUACUUGUUUCAGCCUGGGAUUUGGGGUCACCUUCCCUGUCAACAAACACCAUCAUCCAUAUUGUAGUUACUGAUGUAAACGAUAACGCCCCACGCUUUUCUGAACUAUCCUACAACGUAUAUGUGGCUGAAAAUAAUGCACCUGGCGCAUCCCUUUUCAGAGUGUCUGCGUCCGAUCCUGAUCUGGGGCAGAAUUCAUCUGUUUCCUAUUCCAUUCUGGACGAUCAUUUCCAAAAUCUACCAGUGUCCACAUACUUCAGCGUUAACGACACAAACGGCACCCUUUACGCCUUGCGCUCUUUUGACUAUGAGGAAUUCAAAACAUUUCAGAUCCAUGUUCAAGCCCGUGACGCUGGGGUUCCCUCACUGAGCAGCAGCGCUACAGUGAAUGUGAUAAUUCUGGAUCAAAAUGACAACGCUCCUGUAAUAGUUUCACAUUCAGCAGAGAGUGGAUCAGCAGCCGCGGAGAUCAUUCCUCAGUCAGCGGGUCAGGGGUAUUUCGUCACCAAAAUUACGGCUACAGAUGCAGAUUCCGGUCAGAACGCCAGGCUCUUUUACCAAAUGGUGAAAGCUACUGAUCCAAAUUUGUUUAUGAUAGGUCAAACGUCCGGGGAAAUCAGAACAACGCGCACAAUCUUGGAGGCGGAUCUUACCAGACAGACUUUGCUCAUCUUGGUGAAAGACAACGGGCUGCCAGAGCUAUCCAGUACGGUUACUGUUCACAUCGCAAUUUUGCAGAAUAGCACCGAAACUCUCGCCGAAAGUAUUAAUUCAGUGAAUACUUCCGAAAAUGUAUCUGAUCUCAAUCUUUAUUUAUUGGUUAUUUUCAGUUGCACUUCCAUUGUCUUUCUUCUAAUUAUCAUUUUGUUGAUCGGGAUCAAGUGUAAACGGGACAGAAAUAACACCCAAGAUUAUACUUCGCCCAGUUAUUGUUACAGACGUGGAGAUAUGCAGGAUACGUUUAAUCGAAGAUCUGCAAUGGAAGAAACUUUACGCUAUCCCGGUACUGAGCAGUUAGUCCGUAUGCCAGGGCUGCCACAGUACUCGGUCCGUCUGUCUCCAGAAACAGCGAAAAGCGACUUCCUUUUCUUGAAGCCAUGCGGCCCUUCCAGCUCUCAAGCUCAAUCGUUAAACCUCGCUCUAAUUGCUUCCAUUUUUAUCUUGUGUGCCCUGGAGAAGAUUUCCGGGCAAAUUAGUUACUCUAUUCAGGAGGAAAUGGAAGAAGCAACAUUUGUUGGGAAUAUCGCUGAAGAUUUGGGAUUGAAUAUACAGCAAUUAGCAGCUCGUAAAUUCCGACUGAGCGCUGAUGACGGAGGGCGGUAUCUGAAGGUCAGUUUGGAUAAUGGGGUUUUGUCUAUUCGUGAAAGAAUCGACCGGGAACGUCUUUGUGGGCAAACAGAUAGGUGUACGAUGCCCUUUGAAAUAAUACUGGAAAAUCCGUUGGAGGUACUUCACGGGGAGCUGAUGAUUCUUGAUGCGAAUGACAAUUCACCCACUUUCCGGGAUAGUAGUCUUCCGUUGGAGAUAUCUGAAGCCAUUCCUACCGGAGCACGCUUCCGUCUCGAGAGGGCCGAAGACCCCGAUAUCGGAAAAAAUACUGUCGUUGACUACGCAAUCAGUUCGAGUGAGUACUUUAGUCUAAAAUCACGGAGAACCGAGGGGGGUAUUGUAAUUGCCGAAUUACUGUUAGAGAAAUCUUUGGAUCGGGAACUGCAGUCAUCUUUUCAGCUUGUGCUUACGGCGAUGGACGGUGGGACCCCUCAGAGAUCGGGUACAGCUCAGAUACUCAUUACUGUACUAGACUUCAAUGAUAAUCUACCUGUAUUCGAGCAUGAUAUUUACCGGAGUAGCAUAAGGGAAAAUACUCCUCGAGGUACAUUAGUGAUGAAAGUUAAGGCAAAUGAUUUGGACGAAGGGCUGAAUGCAGAGCUGACAUAUUCCUUCAGUGGACUUACCUCACAACGGGUGCAGGGUGUUUUCAGUUUGAUCCCAGAAACUGGAGAGAUUGUAAUUGAAGGGCCUCUAGAUUUUGAAGAAACAAACAGCUACUCACUAGAUAUUCAAGCUGUUGAUCACGGGUCUCCUGCGAAUACAGGACACGCCAAUGUCCAGAUUAAAAUUAUUGACCUGAAUGACAACACACCCGAAAUAAAACUGACAUCACUGACUAACCAAAUCCCGGAAAAUGCCCCAGCGGGAACUUUUAUAACAUUAAUCAAUGUUAUUGAUCGUGAUUCUGGACAGAACGGUCAAGUGCGCUGCGAGAUACAAAAGAACAUACCUUUUAUGCUGCAAACAUCAUCAAAUCAUUAUAAGUUAGUUACACGGGAAAGAUUGGACCGUGAAUCGGUGUCUGGGUAUGCAAUUCAUUUUUCAGCCUGGGAUUUGGGGUCACCUUGCCUGUCAACAAGCACAAUCAUCCAUAUUGUAGUUACUGAUGUAAAUGAUAACGCCCCACGAUUUUCUGAACUAUCCUACAACGUAUAUGUGGCUGAAAAUAAUUCUCCUGGCGCAUCCAUUUUCACAGUGUCUGCGUCCGAUCCUGAUCUGGGGCAGAAUUCAUCUGUUUCAUAUUCCAUUCUGGACGAUCAUUUCCAAAAUCUACCAGUGUCCUCAUAUCUCAGCGUUAACUCCAUGAACGGCACCAUUUACGCCUUGCGCUCUUUUGACUAUGAGGAAUUCAAAACAUUUCAGAUCCAUGUUCAAGCCCGUGACGCUGGGGUUCCCUCACUGAGCAGCAGCGCUACAGUGAAUGUGAUUAUUCUGGAUCAAAAUGACAACGCUCCGGUAAUCAUUUCACAUUCAGCAGAGAGUGGAUCGACAGCCGCGGAGAUCAUUCCUCUGUCAGCGGGUCAGGGGUAUUUCGUCACCAGAAUUAUGGCUACAGAUGUAGAUUCUGGUCAGAACGCCAGGCUCUUUUACCAAAUGGUGAAAGCUACUGACCCAAACUUGUUUACCAUUGGUCAAACGUCCGGGGAAAUCAGAACAACGCGCAAAAUCAUGGAGGGUGAUCUUUCCACACAAACGUUGGUCAUCAUGGUGAAAGACAACGGGCAGCCAAACCUAUCCAGCACGGUUACCCUUCACAUCACAAUUUUGCAGAAUAGCACCGAAACUCUCCCCGAAAGCAGUAAUUCAGUGAACACUUCCGAAUAUUUUUCUGAUCUAAAUCUUCAUUUAUUGAUUAUUUUCAGCUGCACUUCCAUUGUCUUCCUUCUAAUUGUCAUUGUGUUGAUCGGGAUCAAGUGUAAACAGGACAGAAAUAACCCCCAAGAGUACAUGUCCCCCACUUACUGUUACAAACGUGGAGACAUGCUGGACACGUGUAAUCGAAGAUCUGCAAUGGAGGAAACUUUACGUUAUCCCGGUACUGAGCAGUUAGUCCGUAUGCCAGGACUGCCUCAGUACUCAGUCCAUCUUUCUCCAGAAUCGGCGCAAAGCGACUUCCUUUUCUUGAAGCCAUGCGGCCCUCCCACCUCUCAGAAUCAAUCCUAAAUUAGAGAUGGGGAUCUUUUGAAGACACUGACCUGGAGUUGCACGCAGACUUCGGUUCUCUGCGGGAGUGGGAUCCGUUCUCGGGGUGUCAGGACUGCCGUUAUUCAGCACGCCAAGUGUUCCAGCUUGUACUUGGAAGCCUAAGAUCUUGGGGCGCUGGAGAUGGGCAGAUCGAGGGGUGGUGUCACGGCAGGAGACUCGUGUGUCGUUGAGGGAGUCGGAAAACUACUGCUGUGGGCCCGAAAACCCGAGAUCUUUGCGAGCUUCAGGCACAGAGCUCGAAAAGAGCGACCUAACGGAUAUUUAAAAUCGUAAACCAGCGAGUUGCAGUUAUGUGUCCCCGCUGGAUGGGAAAAUGGAGACACCUCCCUCUCUCUUCUAAGGGAGAGGAGAACCUGUGGUAUGUCGAAUGCCGGA